UUCCACGAAAACAAAACAUGCGUGUGUGUAAAUGCAUCACAAGCAUGCUGCUUGGCCAUCAUGUGCGGCAUACAGUGCAACAAGUAGCAUGCAUAUUUUUCCGAGUUUAAAAAGCCUGAGUGCCUCCGCGUUCAAAUAUCUCUGUUGGUGGUAGUGCCGAAUUGGUGGUGGCACUGAAUUAGUGGUAGAAAUGCCACGUUUCUAUGACAGGAGUUUUAUUCAUGACAACCACUUUGACAAACAGCAAAGUGGCCUUCGUAUUUAAGAAUAAUCUAACUCAAAUAAAAAAUGGCUGGGAUUUUAAUUCAUACCGCUUCUGAUUAUGAAUUAAAGACAAGCAUUGUGGUGUCCAUUAUGGUAAUUGUUAUAAUUAAGAUUGUAUUAUUUUUUUUAUUUUGCUCUGUACUUCUCUAGAAAGUUAUUGCUCCAUAUGCCAUCUUCGGUGUUUUGUUUCCACCAAUUUUGCACCUCCAGUCACUUACGCCUUAUCUUGUAUGUAUGUUGAACAUCUUUGCCACGGUUUAUAGCACACUUCUAGGCACGAUGAGCUCCGGUCUUAAUAUCAAUCUGUGAAAUUUGUGUACAUACAAAUAAUAGCGACAGUUUUGCCAAAGGAGCCUCAUCUGUCAACCACAGUAUAUUUUAAGUGGAAAAUCCCCACUUGCAACUAAAGUAAUCGUGUGUGUUUAUGACUGUGCCGUUGUAGACUUAAUCUGGGACAUUUGUUUUUGGUUUUUUACCAUUGCGGGAUUUUAACCAAAUUAAUCUAAUUUCAAGUAAUUUAGUUUCACUCUCACUUAUGGCCAACAAUAGAACCAAAGAUGCACACAUGAGAGCAAACAUAUGCUGUAUAAUCUUCAAUUACAAUUGCACAUCACCACUUGGAUUCAAUUAGUAUCAUUUUGAAUGAAUUUAUCAUUCAUAGUCAGGGAAAUGGCAGCGUUGGUUGUACGCAUUCUUAACAGUAGGGCCACGUAGCCUCUCAAUUCUCUAAAACUGUUCUGUCAAAACCCAUCAAAAUCACUCGUCUUCCAAGUGAACCUUGACUACACGUGUUCCUCAACUACAAGUUAUACCGUGUGUCUUGAGCCACAACAAGAGUUGUUUGCAUCACCGGCGAAGGGGGUAGAUGCCAUGGAGGUCAUGUAUCACCGAGCCUAGGCCUGACAUGGAAGUGUGCCAAGCACAAAGGCACUUAAGCCCUCCUGCAGCGAGGAUUUUUGAAAAACCUGUGGGAACAUUUUACUCUGCGAGACAAAUACUCACGCGCAUUUUCGUCACGCGUGUUUACAUGGCAACGAUCGCACUACUGUCCCCGGUAGAUUGUGUGACUGCGAUGUAUCCUAUGCCACGCAAUCCGACAAACCCAACUGUUGGUGUGGCAGGAUGCCGCCUUUAAACGCUGAGCUUGGUUUAGAAAACGCUGUAAUUGAAACCUCGCACCCUGCUCUGCCCAAAAUGAAAAAUGUUUAAAACUUUAUCCACACGACCCUUCCCUCCCCCCUCAUCGUGUGUGUAACCUCUUAAUCUGCUGCAGCAGCGUAUUUGUUCAUUAAGGCUAAGCCAGAGCGCUCCGAUAUGGCCCUUUCUCGCACACACAAAGGCACGCCUGUUGUGAGUAACAUCGCUGCGGCGGUAGCGGCGCACUGAGAACAACCGCUCGAACAAACGGCGAGACAUCAUCCAGCGCCGGGCAAUGAGCGUGAUGAACGACGGCCCACGCGGGGAGUUGGGACGCGCGUGAAAACGUGGCCACUUGUCGCCCGCAAGGACCCAACGACGGCAAGAGGCGUGAGCGGAGACAUGACCCCCGUGGACCCCGGCAGCAUAGCUGGCGCGGCAAACGGGGGCGACGCGCCGGGCGGCUUGGCUAGCGGCGGCGGCACCAUGUCGUUCUGCGCCAUCUGCGGGGACCGCGCCACGGGCAAGCACUACGGCGCCUCGAGCUGCGACGGCUGCAAGGGGUUCUUCCGCCGCAGCAUCCGCAAGAACCACAUGUACUCCUGCAGGUACAGCCGGCAGUGCGUGGUGGACAAGGACAAGCGGAACCAGUGCCGGUACUGCCGCCUGAAAAAGUGCUUCCGUGCUGGCAUGAAAAAAGAAGCAGUACAAAACGAGCGUGACAGGAUCAGCACUCGGCGGAACAGCCAGGACGACGCCACGUCGCCCUCCAUCAACACGUUCGUGCAGGCCGAGUCGCUCUCUCGACAGUUCAUGCCCCCGAUGGUCGGGGGUUCCGGCGACCUGAGCCUGAAGCAGGUGGCCAGCAUCCAGGACAUCUGCGAGUCCAUCAAGCAGCAGCUGCUGGUGCUCGUCGAGUGGGCCAAGUACCUGCCCGUGUUCUGCGAGCUCCUGCUGGACGACCAGGUGGCACUGCUGAGGGCCCACGCGGGAGAGCAUCUCCUGCUGGGCGUGGCCAAGCGCUCCAUGACCUACAAGGACGUCCUGCUGCUGGGCGAUGGGCACAUCCUGGCUCGCUCGUGCCCGGAGGCAGACGUGGGCCGCGUGGCGUGCCGUGUCCUGGACGAGCUCGUGGUGCCCUUCCAGGAACUGCAGAUCGACGACAACGAGUUCGCUUGCCUCAAGGCUGUGGUGUUCUUCGACCCUGACGCCAAGGGCCUCCGCGACCCCGAGCGGAUCCGCAACGUGCGCUUCCAGGCGCAGCUGAGCCUGGAAGACUAUGUGACGGACCGGCAGUACGAGUCGCGCGGGCGCUUUGGCCAGCUGCUGCUGCUGCUACCCACGCUGCAGAGCCUCGCGUGGCAGAUGAUCGAGCAGAUCCAGCUGGCGCGGCUCCUCAGCGUCGUGCGCGUGGACAGCCUGCUGCAGGAGAUGCUGCUCGGAGGGGCGGCGAACGAGCUGCAGCACCCGCACGUGCAGCACCCCUCCUCCCACCUGAACCCCGAGCACAUGGGCGGCCAGGUCAUCAUGAGCACCGCCCUGCCGCACGGCCUCAUGCCCAACGGCCAAGUCUCGUCGUCGCCGGAGACGCCGCACCCCUCGCCGCCGUCGUCGGUGCCCCCGCCGGGCACGAGGGCCGGCGCGGAGCCCUUCCGCCACCUGCACACGAUGGGGGGCAGCCCCGUGACCUCCAGCGCAGCUCACGUCUUCAGCCACGGCAGUGGCCUCAAGCGAGAAGCCCUCAGCUAAGAGAAAGCCCCUCUCUGGGCCGGGCGGGCAGGGUGCACGCUCUCGCCCGCACGCUCUCGCCCGCACGCCCGUUCGUGGGGGUGUCUGCGGGCGAGGCGAGGGAAGUUUACGAGCACGGUCGAGCGCAGUUGCCACUGUGAUGACGAGACGUUACCCAACGCCCGCCUGCAACUUUGGUACCGUUUUCGUCAAACUUUGUUUUAUUUUUGUAUUCCUGUAUUGAAAUAUAAAAUGGGUAAUGUGCAUCAUCGUGCUGUAAUGAGCGUUUUGGCAAUCAGGAUGCCGACUCCGACGGUGGUUUUGGGCCAUUGGUGUAAGUUCCACAGGACAGACAACAUCUUCACAAGUGGUUCGUUCUCACCCGGGUGGUGCUCAUUUUACUGACCUUGGAGUAAUGAUGAUGAUUGGUUGAGUUAGCCCUGGUUGGGCUUUUAAACUCAUCUUCGCAUGAUUGUGAAUCCAGCUGCUUCAAACCGACCCGCAUCCAUGGUCGUACUCUCAUAGCCUUAAAUAAAUUCAGUAAUAUGGUACGAAUGAUCAAACCUAAUCUUAAUGUUUUGUAUCAAUAUUUUUAAUGCCUGAAACUGUGAUACUCAGGUACAGUAAAAUCAACACAUUUAAAAGUUUUUUUUUAAGUUAUUCUUUUGCCUGGCAUUACAACGCAGACGCUGAAGAGUAGAAUAGAAUGUUUUUUGUCUUUGUCUCUACAGCAGACGGAACAGCAGCUAAGUGGAGAUAUACGUUUUCUGCGGUUUGGGAGACGAGACACCCAUGAUUAAUAUCUCGCGCAAGGAUACUGCCAGCUUGGAGCGCUCGCUAUAGCCAUUGUACCUUUACUUGAACCGAGGUGGCAAGGGCCCAGUAAGCACGCGACCUUGGGGGGUCAAUGUUGGCGCGUGGUUAGAACCCAUUGGCCCAAGGGGAUGGGUUCCAAUUUGGCCCAACGUUCCACAUUUGAUGGGGAGGUGUGAGAGCUGCAGUGGCUGUAUUGGCGUCCUUGCCUCUCUUUGAGGCGCCACCUUUAAUCGAGCAUGUGAAUCGUAGUUCAGAGAAUUACAAAUUUUAUUCGAAAAUUUUAGUUUUUAUUUCGCGCUAUUACAAUCGUCUGCCAUUUCAUUUUCCAUUAUUGCCGUCGCGUAUUUGAUGUAAUUUUUUUUUAUAUACAUACCGUGUGUGCAUAAAUGUCGAGUAGCGUGGAUUUAUUGAAUGCCACUACGUUUUCUGUCUUGGUUUGUGUUUUAAUUUUAUUUUUUAAAGCUUUGUUUUACAAAGUUGGGAUUCAACAUCAAGAGGAUCAUUUCAUAACUUGUGUGCGUUGCAAGCUUGAAGAGAGGAAUGUGAAGCGGCGAUGGACAAGUCCCUGAAGUGACGUAGAAUGAGCGGUGCUAUAACAAGGACUAAAUGUUCAGUUAAAAGUACAAUAUUUUUUAACAAGGAUUACCAAACCUAACAAAAAUAGAAUAACUCUGGGUUGCUUUUUUAUAUUUUUGCAACACUGUUUUUUUUUUUGGGUCGCUAAAUGUGUACGUUGAACUUCUUUCGCACCGUACGCAGCCAAACGCGCCGUGAUCGGAGGUGCGGGAGAUGGACAAC